AAUUAUAAGCCUUCUGAUGCGAGCAUCUCAGCGAGCAAGGUCAUCGAUCAUUCGUGACCACACGACUACUGGCACAAAUCUCACGCCAACGCUCUCGGACGCGACCGCUUUUGCGCUUCUCAAAUUGACAGGUCACGAAUCUCGAGAGAACCAUUGUACCAAACUCUCUCCAGUCUUCGAAGCACUGGCUGCCCAGCACGCUGAGCAUCCCAUCCAGCUGGGAGUGACCCAGUCUCGGGCGAUUCAUCUCUCCGACAUCCUUGACAGCGCGUCAAGAUGAGUUUGGGCGUCACAGGCGCUCCAGACGCGCUGUUGUGGAACGAUGCAUCCACGAUCUCCAAGUUAGCGGCGCUGGUCGGUCCUGUCACAUCAGCGCUGAGCGGAUCCGGCUACCCUGCAAAGCUGCCCGGUUCCUCACAAGACCUCACAGCCAAGGAUCUCGCACUUGUUGCCUUCGACUUGCAGUGCUUCCAACACAAAGUCUUGGGUCCAGAUGCACCUCGACCUACAGCAUCCGACGAGAACGGCAAUGCACUUCCGCACCCGCCUAAGAUUCCAGCUACCUUGUUCCUACCUGCGGCUUCCCUCUCCUCGAUGUCCCUGCCACCUGCAGAAGACUCUCCACUCAGCUGCAUUCUGCAAGCUGCACUCAUCAGUGCAGCCUCGAAAGCGCUGGAGUCGUGGAAUGUGGAUGAUGCAGCAAAUCAGGGGAAGUUGAGGCAGAUCGUGGUGGAAGUGAGAGCUGCGCUUAGAGCCAAGGGACACUUGCCAAAGCACACAGUCUUUGGGGAGACCGAAAUAUCCGAAGCCGAAAUCGUAGCUUACCGAAAACUUGCUACACAAUUAGACUGUGAAUGGACGAGCGAUCGCUCAGCAGCCACGCAUAUCCUUUUCUCCUCGCCCGAAAGCAUCCCUUCCUCCCCCUCGGCUAGCGCUGCCGCGCCCUCCGAAUACUUCCGCACCCUGGCUAGGACGACGCUUGCAAGUGGAAAGGCGGUAGCCUUGAUUCAUGUGUGGUACAGGCCCGACUCAUUCGACACCUGGCUCCCUGCAAAAGACUUUUCUUCCCCAGAACCAGAGCCAGCGCCAAAGAACCCCGAGCUUGCACGAACGGUGGGCACCAAGUGGCUCGUGGAGAGUGCCAAGUACAACGAGCUCAUGAACGAAGAGGACUAUGAGAAGGACGAUGCAGAGGAAGCCAAGGCACGCGCUGAAGAGGUCGGCUUAGGCGACGCAGAGGCGGGCAUCUCGGACGCCAAGAGCGAGAAGCCGCGCAAGCGAAGUCUGCCAGAUGAGGUCACUGAGGAAGGUGAGGGAGAAGGCUCUGGAGCGCCAGGCAGCAAGCGCAUCAGGCUCUUCGUCGCUUCUCGUCCGUCUGGCGCCAUUGCGGUUGACGUUUCUGGAGCGAGCGGUCCCGCGCCUGGCAAAAAUUAUGAAUCCAACCCUGUUCCUGGAGGUGCGAUUGGCAACCUGCCGCCUGAGGCUGCACCUGGCCGGUCUCAAGGCGCAUCGCCCGCGGUGCAAGUAGCUGGAGAUACAAGCAUUGCUGACGGCGAUGUCACAAUGGGCGAAGCUUCCCUACCAUUAAUUGAGGUUGAGGAGGUUCCCUCGGCGGCUGAUGCAGCAGCUGCUGCGAGCGCCGAUGCAGCCGAUCGUCAAGCACAACAAGCAGAAGCAGACAAUCUGGCUCGGAUGUACCUGGCAGAGCAGACGCAAGAAGUGAUCAUUCCAUCCUACUCGACCUGGUUCAGCUUUGGGUCGAUUCACUCCAUAGAGAAGCGCAGCUUGCCAGAAUUCUUCAAUGGCAGGAACCGAAGCAAGACGCCAAGUAUCUACAAGGACUACCGUGACUUUAUGGUCAACACGUACAGGCUCAAUCCCAGCGAGUAUCUGACCUUUACAGCUUGCAGACGCAAUUUGGCAGGCGACGUGUGCGCCAUCAUGCGGGUACACGCUCUACUCGAGCAGUGGGGCCUCAUCAACUAUCAAGUGGAUCCGGACACGAGGCCUGCCACUCUAGGCCCUCCCUUCACGGGCCACUUCCGUAUUACGGUGGAUACUCCACGAGGCCUUCAGCACGCUCACCCCGGCACCAAGCCGCGUCCUGCACGCACACUGCUAGCCGAUGGCGAGAGCGGCGCACAACAACCUCAGGCAUCCAGUUCGGCUCAGCCUAGCGCACCCGACCUCACCCUCGAGCUAAGACGGAAUGUCUAUCAGACGACCAUGAAGGCAGCUGUGCCUGUGGACGGACAGACAGCUUCAUCGCUGGCAGCUGCAGCCGACGCUGCUCUCAAAGCUGGUGCAGGCGCAGCGAGCUCGUACUCCUGCGACACGUGUGGCACCGAGUGUACGAGGUCCCGUUAUCACAGUGUGCAUGCUCCUUCUCGUGGGCCAGGCGCAGGCGGAUACGUGCUCUGCCCAAACUGUUAUCUCGAAGGUCGCUUCCCGUCUUCGAUGUACAGCGGCGACUUCGUUCGCAUCGACGACUCACCAUUCAAGCAAGGUGGAGCACCGAGUCAAGACGACUGGAGCGAUGCAGAGGUGCUGCGACUACUGGAGGGUCUCGAAAUGUAUGAUGACGAUUGGGCACAGGUGGCGAGUCACGUCGGUACGCGUAGUAGAGAACAGUGCAUCACGCGCUUCUUGCAAAUGCCAAUCGAGGAUCCCUACCUCGACGGAGGAGCGCCUCGUAAGCCUACAAGUGGCAUUGACGCCACCCAAAAGGCUUCGCGCGAGACCACACAAUCAGACCUAGGUGCUCUGCAGUACGUGCGCGAUCUCAAGAACGCAGCGAUUCCUUUCGCUCAGACUGACAACCCCGUCAUGAGCGUGGUUGCUUUCUUGGCCAGCGCUGUGAGCCCUGCUGUUGCUGCAGCCGCUGCCCAAAGCGCUCUAGGCGAGCUGACGGAUGGCAUGCGGAAGCGCAUCGCAUCAAAGGAUGGGUCGCAGAAUUCGCAAGCCGCUGACGGUGCCAGGGGCGCAGACGGCGCCUCUAAAACGCAGAACGAGCGCAGUAAAGAAGACUCAGGAGCCCCAGCUGCUGCAGGCGCGAGUGCCGACAAUGCCAUGGACGUGGACUCGUCCGACAAGACAGCAGACGUAUCCAUCAAGAUUACAGAUGCUGCCAAGUCAGCUGUAGCUCAAGCUCGGGAAGAUAGGGAAGAUUUGGCCAAAGAUUCGCAAGCUAUCCCGCGCAACGCCGUCGAGAAAGCGGCUGCUAUAGCUCUUGGCGCUGCGGCUGCUAAAGCUUCCAUUUUGGCCAGCCACGAGGAAAGAGAGUGCCAACGCCUAGUGGGACAGAUCAUCGAGGCCCAGAUGAGAAAGAUGGAGAUUAAAAUGUCGCACUUUGAAGAGCUCGAAGGCUUGUUGGAACAGGAGAGGCGAUCUGUCGAGGCUGGCCGCAAGCAGCUGUACGCGGAUCGUCUGGCGCUUAGCAAGCAGGUAGCUGCCGUCAACGAUCUGCUCAAGCGCGCUCGCGAAGCGCCUGCCAAUGUCACACCGGCUGACGUGGCCGCGGCGUCGUCAGUGGCGCAUGGGUUGCCACAGCAAGGUCCCUCUGUUCAGGUCAGCGAAGUUCCUGCUCACCCUUCCUCUGGCAAUUACGCUCAGCUGUGAGAUCCCUGUACAACUCGAGAAAUGCUUACGAUGACCGUGUCUAAGCUGGUGACAGAAUGCAUUGAAAGCUUAACUGUGCGAAACAAGCGGGGCCGCUGCAGGGCAGUGUUCACUGCUUAUUCUUGAGGGGGCUGGUAUGGCUCCACCAAAAAUUUGCUAAAGCUUUUGAUCUUGUCCACACCUCUGACCUCUUCUGUCAAGAGUGGACACCGGACAAUGUGGAAC